AAUAAUCCAAGUUGUGUACAAAUACGAAACCAUCUCCCUCUCUAAUAACUAACUUAACAGAAAAUUCUCUCUCUCGAUCUGAUCUGAUACCUCUAAUGGCAACCAUCAAGUCCGUCAAGGCCCGCCAGAUCUUCGACAGCCGUGGAAAUCCCACUGUCGAGGUCGAUGUGUAUCUCUCUAAUGGAAUCAUGGCAAGGGCUGCUGUUCCUAGUGGUGCAUCCACUGGAAUUUACGAGGCUCUUGAACUGAGAGAUGGAGGAUCGGACUACCUCGGAAAGGGCGUUGCCAAGGCAGUUAACAAUGUGAACUCAACCAUUGCACCGGCCCUUGUCGGAAAGAACCCGACCGAGCAGACUUCUAUUGAUAAUUUCAUGGUUCAAGAACUUGAUGGAACUCAGAAUGAAUGGGGCUGGUGCAAGCAAAAGCUUGGUGCGAAUGCGAUUCUUGCUGUGUCUCUUGCCGUGUGCAAAGCUGGAGCUGCAGUCCUCAACAUCCCUCUCUACAAGCAUAUUGCUAACUUGGCUGGCAACAAGAAGCUGGUCCUGCCAGUCCCGGCUUUCAACGUCAUCAAUGGCGGAUCACAUGCUGGAAACAAACUCGCUAUGCAGGAGUUCAUGAUUCUUCCGGUUGGAGCUUCUUCUUUCACGGAGGCCAUGAAGAUGGGCGUGGAAGUAUAUCACCAUUUGAAGGCUGUUAUCAAGAAGAAGUAUGGCCAAGAUGCCACCAACGUCGGGGAUGAGGGUGGCUUUGCUCCUAACAUUCAGGUAACGUCUCUCAAACUUCGUCUGUGUCAUGUACUAGCGCAUUCAUGGCUCUUGUCGUUGCAACUUCAGGAAAACAAGGAAGGCCUCGAGCUACUUAAAACAGCUAUUGCUAAAGCAGGCUAUGAAGGAAAGGUUGUUAUCGGAAUGGAUGUCGCUGCAUCUGAAUUUUACGGAAAAGACAAGACUUAUGACUUGAACUUUAAGGAAGAGAACAACAACGGAUCACAGAAGAUCCCGGGUGACAAGCUCAAGGAUCUGUACAAGUCUUUUGUUUCUGAGUAUCCUAUUGUGUCAAUCGAAGAUCCCUUCGACCAGGAUGACUGGGGGACCUAUGCAAAGCUCACCACAGAAAUCGGUGCCAAAGUUCAGAUCGUGGGAGACGAUCUUCUCGUCACCAAUCCUAAGAGAGUUGAGAAAGCAAUCAAGGAGAAGACUUGCAAUGCUCUUCUUCUCAAGGUUAACCAAAUAGGAUCUGUGACCGAGAGUAUUGAAGCAGUUAGGAUGUCCAAGCGCGCUGGUUGGGGCGUAAUGACCAGUCACCGGAGUGGAGAGACAGAGGACACGUUCAUCGCUGAUCUAGCUGUCGGUUUGUCCACGGGGCAAAUUAAGACUGGGGCUCCUUGCAGAUCCGAGCGCCUUGCUAAGUACAACCAGCUGUUGAGGAUUGAGGAGGAACUUGGUUCAGCAGCAGUUUAUGCAGGUGCCAACUUCCGAACGCCCGUUGAGCCCUAUUAGACAUGGCCCGGGAUGCAUAGGAGGCUUCGCGUUUUCAGCGAUGGGGUCGAGUUCAGUAAUCGCAUGUAGGCUUGAAUCAUCUUAGGAAUAAUCAUUCAUUCUACUUCUUAAUAAAGGCAUUGUGUUUUUUUUGAGUUUUGAAAUAUGCUGAGUUUGUGAUCAAGAACAAUAAUAAAGAAUGGUUGUAGUAGUUUAUUACAACUAGUAUCAA